AUGGCAAGAGAAGACAAGGAUAACAUGUCCGAAACAACUUUGGAGCCAACAGAUGACGAAAAUCUCAAAUCGUGUUGGGUUUGUUUUGCCACCGAACAUGAUGAUAAACUGGCCGCUUGGGUACAACCUUGCAAGUGUAUUGGUACAACAAAAUGGGUCCACCAAAGUUGUCUCCAGCGAUGGGUAGAUGAAAAACAGAGAGGCAAUAUUAGUAGGAAAGUUCUCUGCCCACAAUGCAAAGUAGAAUACAUAGUGGUAUUCCCAUCUAUGGGAGCAUUUGUGAUUUUGCUGGAUGCUAUAGAAGAUAUCACACGCAGAAUCAGUCCAUUCAUUCUUGGGGGUGUGUUGCUAGGAUCUAUUUACUGGAUUGCUAUUACAUAUGGUGCAGUGACUGUUAUGCAGGUUGUCGGCCAUAGGGAGGGUCUGGAAAUGAUGGAGUCGGCAGACCCUCUGGUACUGCUGGUGCUGUUGCCGACGAUUCCUGUGACCCUCAUCGGCGCCAAGAUGUACAACUGGGAAGACUCUGUGCUAUUCUUCCUCAGGAAGUACUGUGCUAAGAUACCGGCGCUUUCUUAUGUAUUACCAUUCGGCCAUGUGGAUGAAGAGCGAGCAAUUGUUUCCGGGCCAAGUCCGAACAAUGGAUCACCUAACUCAACUUCACAUCUAUCUCCUACCCGAAUAUUUUGUUCAGCCCUACUCGUACCCACAAUUUCAACAAUUAUAGGCAAAAUUUUCUUUCGUUCAAUCAAAAAUAACCUUCAUAGAACGAUUUUAGGCGGUCUCACAUACAUAACAUUAAAAGGUGCACUAAAAAUAUAUCACAAACAGAUGUUGUACAUUCGCCAAUCCAGUAGAAAAAUCUUAGAUUACACAGAGUCAAAUUUAAAGUUGUAUAGAAGUAUGAAUCAAGGGCAAUCCGAUUCUGUUGCGAGAGACGAUUCGGAACAAGUAGUCUGA